AUGAUAUUAAACUAGAGCUGUUUCCAAGAAUAGGUACAACCGAUGUAUAACGGCAUUGUCGACAGUUUCUCUAAUUCCUUCGAAUUAAACAAAAAAGAAAUAUAACAGAAUCCAUCUGGAUUUCAAAGAAUUAAACCGAUCAUUUCCCAAACAAUUAAUAAUUCGUAAUUAAAUAUCUCACACUAAACCAAAGGAAUUAUUCAUUCAUCAAAAUGGAAGGGGAAAUGGAGAGCCAAAAUCAGCAAGCACUGGCCGCCGAGAAUCCCAGAACGCCAUUGUUACAGAACGCCGGAAAGCCAACAAAAACGCCGACCCAAAAAGCCAUUAGAAAGACCUUCAAAAAAACAGCCCAUUUAGCCAACCUCCUCCCCACCGGCACCGUCCUCGGCUUCCAAAUCCUGUCCCCCAUUUUCACGCACCAAGGUCACUGCCACACCACCGUCAGCCAAACCUCCACCCUCGCCCUCCUCCUCCUCUGUUCCUUGUCCUGUUUUUUCCUCCUCUUCACCGACAGUUUCCGGGACGAACGCGGCAAAGUCCGAUAUGGGGUGGCCACGUUUCAGGGCUUGUGGGCCAUUGAUGCCUCCACCACACUGCCCAAGGAGGAGGCUGCUAAGUAUAGGCUACGGUUUAUUGAUUUUUUUCAUGCCUUUGGUUCUCUGUUGGUGUUUGUAGCUGUUGCUCUGUUUGACGAGAAUGUUGUGAAGUGUUUCUAUCCGACUCCGUCCGAUGAAACAAGGGAGGUUUUGGUUGUGUUGCCUGUCGGAAUUGGUGUGUUGUGCAGCUUCUUGUUUAUUGUUUUUCCUUCUAAACGACAUGGCGUUGGAUUCCCUCUCUCUCGUCAGUAGCGACGAAACAAGAGAUGCUACAAACAAGUUCUUGUUGAAUUCUUCAAUUUCUCUAAGCUUUUGUAUUCUACACUCAUUAUUUCACUUAAUCUAAUUGAAUAUUCGACUUUCCAUGUCACAUGUUGUUCAUUUACAUUAAAAAAAAUGGUCCAUCUUUCUCCCAUGUUCGACUAUAAGCCGCCUAAACCAGUCCAAGUCCACUACUAAUCGAAAUUGUUCUCUUUUCCUUCUUGGUUUUCGGGGUUUCCCCUCAAGUCUUAAAACGCGUAUAUUAGGGAGAGAUUUCCACU